AUGUACCUAUUUGGGGCUCCAGUUAUUGUCAGAGAAGUUUUUGAAGAAGGUAUGACUGGCAGACUACUAUGUUUUACAAGUGUGCACACUGAUAAACUGGAUAGGGAAUAUGGAUGGGUAUUCACUUACAAACAGAGCACGAUCACACACCAAAAGGUAACGCCUAUGCAUCAAACAAGCGCAGAGAGCGUGGAAGACAUGGCAGCACUCAUAGAUCUCCACGAAGGCUCCAUUAUGCACAACUUAUUCCAGCGAUAUCAGCAAGAUAAAAUCUAUACCUACAUUGGCUCGAUAGUUGCCUCUGUGAACCCUUACAAGAGCAUCCCGGGACUGUACGACUGCGCCGCCGUGGAGCGAUACAGCAAGCACCACAUGGGAGAGAUCGCACCUCAUAUCUUCGCUGUGGCAAACGAGUGCUACCGCUGCCUCUGGAAGCGCCACGACAACCAGUGCAUCCUCAUCAGGUGGAGAAAACCGAAGCUGUGCCCGCCGGAUUGGGAGGAGCAGCGCAGUGGCGAUGGCAGCGUGGCACCAGCCGUCGGGCUCCGAGCCAGGGGUGAUGCUCGGGCUGGGGGCCUACCAGCACAAACUAAAUGUGGAGAGCUCUUCAGACACAAAGUGACACGAUUUCAGCUGUCUCCUGACUUCUGUGGGAGCCCUUGUGACAGCCGUGGGACCACGGCAUGGGACAGCCGUGGUGAAAGUGGUGCUGGUAAGACGGAAAGCACUAAGCUGAUUCUCAAGUUCUUGUCUGCAAUGAGCCAACAUUCGCUGGAGCUGUCCUGCAGAGAGAAGACCUCCUGUGUGGAGCAAGCUAUUCUUGAGAGCAGCCCAAUUAUGGAAGCGUUUGGCAAUGCGAAGACUGUUUACAACAACAACUCAAGUCGCUUUGGGAAGUUUAUUCAGCUGAACAUCUGUCAGAAAGGAAACAUUCAGGGAGGAAGAAUUAUAGAUUAUUUAUUGGAAAAAAAUCGUGUAGUAAGACAAAACCCCGGGGAAAGAAAUUAUCAUAUAUUCUAUGCUCUGCUGGCAGGGAUAGAAGAGAGAGAGAAAGAUGCUUUUUACUUGUCUGUACCGGAGAACUACCACUACCUGAAUCAGUCUGGAUGUAUAGCAGAUAAGACAAUCAGUGACAAAGAUUCUUUCAAGGAAGUCAUUACUGCAAUGGAAGUGAUGCAGUUCAGCAAGGAGGAGGUGCGAGAAGUUUUGAGGCUGUUGGCUGGCAUUUUGCAUCUAGGAAAUGUUGAGUUCAUCACUGCUGGUGGGGCACAGGUGUCCUUUAAAACAGCUCUGGGUAGAUCUGCUGAACUACUAGGGUUGGACUCCACACAGCUAACUGAAGCAUUGACACAGAGGUCAAUGAUACUCAGGGGAGAAGAAAUCUUAACACCUCUUAGCAUACAGCAGGCAAUAGACAGCAGAGAUUCUAUGGCUAUGGCACUUUAUUCUCAGUGUUUUGCUUGGGUCAUUAAGAAAAUCAACAGCAGAAUAAGAAGCAAGGAAGACUUCAAGUCCAUUGGAAUUUUGGACAUAUUUGGAUUUGAAAACUUUGAGGUAAACCGUUUUGAGCAGUUCAAUAUUAACUAUGCAAAUGAAAAGCUUCAGGAGUAUUUCAACAAGCACAUCUUUUCCUUGGAGCAACUGGAGUACAGCAGGGAAGGACUAGUUUGGGAGGAUAUUGACUGGACAGACAAUGGAGAGUGCUUGGAUCUUAUUGAAAAGAAACUGGGCCUGCUGGCGCUCAUCAAUGAAGAGAGCCAUUUUCCUCAAGCCACUGACUCCACCUUGCUGGAGAAGUUGAAUGCCCAGCAUGCUAACAAUCCUUUUUAUGUAAAACCAAGAGUUGCCGUUCACAACUUUGGAGUGAAGCACUACGCUGGGGAGGUCCAGUAUGAUGUCAGGGGAAUCUUGGAGAAGAACAGAGAUACUUUCAGAGACGAUCUUCUGAACUUGUUACGUGAAAGCAGUCUUGAUUUCAUCUAUGAUUUAUUUGAACAUGUUUCAAGUCGGAACAGUCAAGACACUCUUAAAUGUGGAAGCAAACACCGAAAACCCACUGUCAGUCUCCAGUUCAAGGAAUCGCUUCAUUCUUUAAUGGCGACGCUGAGUUCUUCAAAUCCUUUCUUUGUUCGGUGCAUCAAACCCAACGUGCAGAAG